CCUACUAAUUCACUUCGUUGUAGGGUCUGAAGAACUCUCGUAAGGGUCAUUCUCCGAAUGACCUACGAGUUAACCAAUCAGCUUAUCGCUUAGAAUUUCUCUAAGCGCAUUAAAAAAUUUCGGAACACCUCUUGGUUAAUCGAGAUUGAAAGAAAACUUAAGAGAGACAUCGAGUAGAGUAAUCAUGGCCGCCCCCAUGAAACCUAAUGCGAUUACGCCAAGAAAAACCUAUAUAUUAAACAAUAGCUGUGUGGUGUGUGGAUUUUCUUUUAUUGUGAAAGAACAACAAAGUGAUGGAACUGUUAAAAUCACUAAACAUCUCAACAGAAAACUAAGACUUUCUCAGGAAAGAUUAAAAAUCCUAACAUACGUUGUAGGUGAUAUACAAGUAAGUGAUUGUUCAGAUAUGAAUGGCGUUUGUGUCAAAUGUUUCCAGUCAACUGAGCGAGUUAUAAAACUCGAGAAAGAAGCUAAGAAAUUAAAAGACGAGCUCCUGUUUGCUAGAAAUGUGGUGGUUAACGGAAAUUCAGAUAGGAGAACCUAUAUGGAGAAGCGUCUAUUGAAAAGUCCAGGGACAUCCCAACCGUUGAAGAUAACAACAGAAAUGAAAGAAAACACGAACUUUCCGGUCUAUGUUCGACCGUUAUCACUGAGUCACUUAAAGCCAUUUUCUGACUUAACAAAUAGUGCUAGGACAUUUGUAAAUAUUGUCCCUCGCAGUGAGAAAGAGACCAUAGUGCCGAAGCAGAAAGCCAUAUGCAUGCGUUCCCUGGAUAAAGACUUCUCCACAGACACCUGUAUGGAGGGAGUAGUUAAGUUGUUUCAGACAGGUGUUUCAUACAUGUACACAUACAUGUACAUAUUUGGGUUCAAACAUUAUGAUUACUAUAUACUACAAUAGUGGCAAGAAGUCCCAGUUAAUUACAAAUGAGGCACACAAAAAAGUAUGUAAAGCUAUUAUAUGGGGAAAAAAUGUUGAAAGAUCAAUUGUUGAUAUUAUAAGAAAACAUAAGCCUGAGGAGGUAUCUUCAGGAGCAGCUUCAGUUGUUGCCGAUGAAUGCAAAGAACUCUGUUUUAAGAAUUCAAACUCAGUUUUACAAGCUCGGGCUCAUCAUGAUAUUCUGUCUUUCACCUGGGACAAAUUUCACCAAGAACUCACACUAAGAGCACCAAAUACAUUGAGGAUUGUUUCAUCAAUGCUGUCAGAUGUCCCUCUAAGUCCAGAAGGAAAACCAUUUCUAAACUUGAUGCAUACUAUAUCAAUGGCUUUACACAGCAGAUACAAUCAGAUGUCAUUGACCCAGUAUCUUUGUGGAUUUGUUCUUAUGCAUGGAGGAUGUACAAUGAGGGAUAUAGACAGAUUGGCCCGAACUGGUCUUACUAUGACAUCCAAGUCCUUAACCAACAAAUUAGCAUCAUGGGAAGACUGCCUGUACAUUAGUGUUGAAAAAAUCAGAGAAGGCUGGGAACGUGGAGAAAAGAAAAAAUAUCAGUUAGUAGGCGACAACUGGGAUAGAAAUAUUUUGCCCUCAUAUAGAACAUCACAGCAGAAGACAAUAUCGCUCCAUUUGUUUCAAGUGGUAUGUGUGGUGGACAGAAUUAACCCAGUGUGUGUUGAAAGACCAAACCAGAAUCCUUAUGACUUGAAGUGUAUUGACUUCAUCCCAUCUAUGCAGGACCAAAAUUUGUUAUGCAAGGAGUUGACAUUUAUAGUUGCCACUGCAUUGCUGAACAAUAUAGAUCAACUUAAAAACAUUCAAAAUAUUUACCCAAAGCAUCUAGAACACCAAUAUAGUGCACAGGCAGGACUGAAAACUCAUCAGAUUCCACUCGGCCUAUUUGAUUGCAAUGAGCAAAAAACACAGGAUGUCAUCAAGCUGUUAAAGGAAUUCUCUCAAAAGUAUGUUCCUGUCAAAGAUGGUGAAAUUGUGGAAGAAGUUUUCUUUGGAGGUGAUCGCCUUACAGAUGAAAGGAUCCAGUGUGCUCAGUUAUCCAUAGCAAAUGCUGCUACUCCUCUAGAAAGUUUAAGAGGAUUCAUCUCAAAGAUUGAAGAUUUCCAUCGCUUAAUGAAUUUCCUUGAGGCAAUUUGCACCUUGACAUACAAAAGUACUUCAGCUGGAGAUAGAGGGACAUUUGCAUAUUUCAGAAAUAUCUUAAAUGCCAGAAAUGUGAAGGGUGAAGUCAAAAAUUCCUACAGAGCUUACAAAUUUCUACUAUAUACCAUAUUUGAUGCAAUGUGUUGUGUGCUGUUUUUUAAAGAAUUUGGACUACGUAGCACAGAGGAGGAAAUACCUGUGCCAGAACUGAGUAGCUCUGAAGAAAAAGUUUCGUGGAUCAAUGAAGUGAGUGAAAGAAUAGUGAAAAACUGGUUUUUUGAAAAUACAGAUUUAGUGCAGGAAUUGAGAAAUGUUUUUGAAGAUGAACACCAUGUUGAAAACUACUGGAUCAACACUGCUGUUGAAAAUCGAUUUCAGUGCCACCACUGUGACAAAAGUUAUGCUUUUAUCGAAAGCUUAAAGACCCAUGAGUCUCGAAUGCAUGGGUAUGUUGACUCCUCUCCUAAAGGAGAUAAAAAUGAUGAAAACAAAGAUGAACUUUUUGAUUAUGUAGUGCAUUUGUUUAAACUAGGUGCACUUCACAAAAAUUUAGACACAGCUGUGGAUAUGGGUGAUGGCCAUAGAUCAGUAAGAAGUGCAAAAUAUGAAUUGCCCAUAUAUAACAAAACCAACAAAACAAAGUAUCUGAUAGGAAGCAUUCACUUGACAGCCUUAGUUUCUGGUACAUUACAAGCAGACAAACAGGAACAGCUGAUCGCUAACAGGUUUGUAAACUUAAGUGGUGGAGCCAACAACAACAUGGCAUUAGAUGAAUAUGUCGAACUUUUAAACAGAGACACAAAACAGGCUUGCAGUGGACAUCAGACCAAAACCAGCAUUCUCAAGCAUUCCAAGAAAUAUCCUUAUCUCAUAGAUGAAAUUAAGCACAUAGACAUGAUAAAUGAAAUAAAAAACAGAAAAGGAAUUCAUAAAUACCCAAGCUACAAGAAAGAUGUUUUGAAAACAGCAAAUGAAUUAUUUGAAAUUUCUGCCUUCAGUGAAAUACCUGGUAGAACUCUGACAUGUAGAGCAAUUGUUUGUCCAAAAAAUCCGUUCAUGGAUGCAUAUAAGAAACUACCAACAAAAAUAUUUAGACAUUUACCAACAUUGCCUUUUUGUCGUUUAAGAAACAAACAUAUUUAA